AAAUCAGUAUUCAAUAAAUUGUUCUAGCAAGACAGUCCACCCGUGUGCAUCGCAAUGAAGGCAGUCUUACUAGUUUGUGUACUGGCUCUCGUGGCACCUGUUAUCCUCGCUCGCACCAUGGACCGUUGCUCCUUGGCUCGGGAGAUGUCCGCCCGAGGCAUCCCGCGCGGUGAACUGGCCAGAUGGGCAUGCAUCGCUGAGCACGAGAGCUCCUACCGCACCGGAGUGGUGGGACCUGCGAACUCGGACGGAUCCAAUGACUACGGAAUCUUCCAAAUCAAUGAUCUCUACUGGUGCCAGCCACCCAGCGGGAAAUUCUCCCACAACGGUUGCCACAUAAACUGCAACGACUUGCUAACCGAUGAUAUUACCAACUCCGUGCGAUGUGCUCAGACGGUCUUGGGCGCCCAGGGAUGGUCAGCCUGGUCCACUUGGCAUUUCUGCAGUGGUAAUCUGCCACCAAUCGACGAUUGUUUCGGGCCGGUUCAGGGGCUUCUUUUAGGGGAUUUAUUCUUGGGUGAACCUUAUCUUACUUAUUGAACCGCAAACUAACUACUGAUGUCAUUGACACCAUAGAUAGAUAAAUAGAUGCUUGCAAAUAAUUGAUAAGAAACCCUUUGUAAUAAUUACUCAGUAUAUUCAUAACCCUAUUAAGAAAUUAAAUAUGUGCUAAGCUCUUAUCAAGUGGGCAAUGCCCCAUAAAAAUA